AUGCUGCUCUCUUUGCUCGCACUGGUUCUUGCUGCGCCCGUGGGGCCUGGGAAGACCGCAGGGAAGGGGCGAGCAGCGUUUGAUGUUAAGGACCUUGUGGCUGGAGAAUACAAUGCGACGCUCCGUGUGGGUUUUGGUGAUGUCCAGAAGACAUAUCAAGGAGCCCUGGAGUUGACCAAUGGGACGUCCUCUGGGCUCCUGAAGGAAGUCCUCAUCACUGGCGAAGGCGACAAUGUGACCACUGAAGUCUUGCAUAGUUACAAGCUUGAUAUUGAAGUUCUCAACAAGACCGCUGUUGAUGUGAAGUUGGAGGGGUCCCCCGCCGUGACGCUUGUAUUUGAGGUAGAUCAGAAUACAGGGAGCAUCGAGGCCCGUGAAAAGACUGUCGCUGGAGACGCCAUUACUGCCUCAAUUGUCAAUGGAAAUUACUUUACACUCAGCGUCUUACGCAAGGAUGCACAGCUGUUCACCUACUCCAUCUCUAAGAAGAAGGUCGCUGCAAAGGUGCCUGUCUGGCAGCGAUUGAUAAGCCCUGCUAUGAUGCUUGUCUCCAUGUUUGUUUCUCAGCGCAUGAAGAAGAUGCAGAUGGCGACAGCGCCCACAAACCCAGAGCCCCACGGCGUUGAGUACCCUGUUGACACCGCGAGCGAUGCUGCUUCUGCCGCCGCAGAGGUGGAGCCAAAACAGACGGAGAAUCACGACGAACAAGAUGGCAAUGCCGAAGGCACCGAGGAGCCGGAGGUUGAGUAA